GAUAGAAAACAGGAAACAUAUCCAGAAGGGGGCGUUUGCAGGGCAAAACAUAUGGCGGACGGUCGGGAUGGGGAGACUUUGUAUAUGUCCUCGAUCUUCUAGGUGUGUGAAAUAAUCAAGCAGGCUUUCGAGCAUUCAAACAAAAAAGAUGGCCAGCCUAUCGGUAACUCUAACGAAGGACCGUACUUACCCCGUGAACUUCACGUGCCAGCGAUGCUGCCAGCCGCUCAAGCUGGACUCAUCCUUCUCGACCAUCGACGACCAGACGCUAUCGGAACUGUCGGAACCGAUGUUGGGUCAGUCGGACCCGGCCGAAUCCUACGAUGUACCGUCUCCGACGUUGGCGUACCGGUUCCCAAACGACGACUCUGCAGUCUCGAGACGCACCAUCGAGCCGUGGCGCAUCGUCGAGAGCGGCAACGGCUUCAUGCUCGUCGGCGACAACGCCGCCCCCGCCGAGACCGUCAUCAGCCACAAGCUCCAGGUCGAGGCGCGCCUCUUCGACAUCAUGACGAACCAGUCGGACGUAGACUACCCGAUCUGCGAAGAGUGCGCCGACAACCUCCUUGAUCAGAUGGAGCAUCAACUCGAUCUGACCGAAGACGAGUGUAAGGACUACAAGAAGUACCUGGAGCAACUGGCCACGGACGAGGACGAAGAGGACGUGGAACAACUGGAUGAAGAAGUCCGUCAACUGGAGCUCAAGCAGAACGAGCUGCUCGGCAAGAUCGAAGAGAUCGAGGCCGAGCGCGCCGAAGUCGAGAAGCAGCGCAGGACGUUCGCUGAGGAGCUGGAACGGCUGCAGGUCCAAGAGGACCGUUACUGGAGAGACUACUCGGACAUCAAACGUCAGCUGCUUCUCUGCGAGGACGACCAUGUCAGCGUGGAAGGGCAGCUGCGAUACGCGCAGGCCCAACUGGACAAGCUAGUCAAGACAAACGUCUUCAACGCCACCUUCCACAUCUGGCACGACGGGCACUUUGGAACCAUCAACAAUUUCAGGUUGGGACGUUUGCCCAACGUCCCCGUGGAGUGGUCGGAGAUCAACGUGGCCUGGGGACAGACGGUGCUUUUGCUCCACUCGCUCGCCAAGAAGAUCAAUCUGACCUUCGAGAGGUACCGGUUAGUCCCCUAUGGCAACCACUCGUACCUCGAGUGCCUCGAAGACAGGUCCAGGGAGCUUCCGCUGCACUUUGCGGGCGGCUUCAAGUUCCUCUGGGACACCAAAUUCGACCAGGCCAUGGUGGCGUUCCUGGACUGCCUGCAGCAGUUCAAGGAAGACGUGGAGAGGGGCAACCCGGGGUUCUGUCUGCCGUACAGGAUGGACAAGGGCAAGAUUGAGGACGUCAAGACGGGGCAAUCGUGCUCUAUCAAAAUUCAGUUCAACUCGGAAGAGCAGUGGACCAAGGCGCUAAAGUUCAUGCUUACCAACCUCAAGUGGGGUUUGGCAUGGGUGUCUGCUCAGUUUGCAAGCAGUUGAUGGAGGGAUGGUUUCCUAAAUGUGUGCAGUGUGCAAUCUCAGCAGGGUUUUGCAGAAGCUUGAGAACGGAACCUUUUGUGCAAAAUAAAGAACUAGACUGUUAAA